UGUCCCCGUGUGUGUGACCGUCUCCGGUGUCCCCGUGUCCCGCAGGCGGCUGUGCAGCCCCGGCCGCAGCGAUGGAGCCGCGGUGCCCGCCCUGGCUGCCGCGGUGUCCCCGGCCGUGCCGCCUCCUGCUGCGCUCCCUGUGCUCCGGCCCCGCGGGGGCCAUGGCCGCGCUGCGGGCGCUGCAGCGGAGCCGGCCCCGGGACGGAGCGGGGCUGGCGUUCCCCUGGCCGGCUCUCACCGCAGCCCUGUGCGCCGAGGAGCCCUCGCUGGAGGGGCCAGAGGACGCCCUGGCUGUCAAGCCACGGCUGCUGCUGCUGCCCGUUUUGUGCCAGAGGAACCUCUUCUCCCUGCUCCUGGUGGUGCAGGAUGCGGUGCCACGGGACUGCCUUCACCAGCUGCUCCAGGCCUUGGAGCAGCAUUCCCGCGUGGAUCCCUGGGUGCAGGCACUGGGGGAUCUGCUCCAGCAGGGACCAAGGGCACAGGAGAGCUCCCCACAUCCCACUGCCCUUUCUGCUGCGUGCCAGCAGCAGCUUAGGGGCCUGUGCCAGAAAAUUGCCCAGAAGAAACCAGAGGGACAAAGAAAAUUGAGCUGGUGCUUCAGCAAGCAGGCUGGUGCCCCUGACUCUGUGCCUGAAGGUGAGAAAUGUAAAGAAGUGUCUGAGGAGAGCCUGGAGUUGGACAAUGAGAGAGAGGGGAAGAGGUUGUUGCUGGAGGAGGUGGCAUUUGAGCCCCAGGAAUGUGGAGAUGUGGCAGAGGUGGAAGAGGAGGUGCCUGAGGAGCCUUCAGGGGACACAUCUGCUCAGAGCACAGAUAAGGCUGCUCAGGACAGCUCCCAGCAGGAUGCAGCUGGGGAGCCCAGGAGGAUUUCCCAGACAGAGCUGGCAGCAGAGGUCCAGUCCUUUGUCCAGGUGCAUGGACAGGGGCUGAAAAUGCUGCUGCUGCAGGAGUCCAGUGACAGUGUUUCUCUCCAGCACUCCGAGCUGCACACCCCUUCCAAGCUGAGCAUCCUGAACACCUGCACCCCCAGCCAGCUCGAGGGGCUGUGCUCCUUCCUGCAGCUCUCCACGUGCCCAGAGCCCUCCCUGGUGCGUUUCUGCAGCUGGCUGCUGCCUCUGAGCCCUGCCCUCAGCCACACCAGCGCAGCCAUCCUGGCACAGCAGCUCUUCCUCAGGCGGGUCCUGGCCCUCACCCAGCCGCCUUCCCGACACCUCAUGGCUGCCCUGACUUCGUUUUGCUCCAAGUAUUCCCAUCCCCUGUGCCGUGUGCUGGUGGCUGCAGUGCUGCAGGGGCCAGGGGAAGGUGCUGAGCAGACCAAGCUGCUGUGUGAGCUGGUGGAGGAGUGCCUGGAGCCCCACUCUGUGCAGCUGGUGCUGAGCCAAGUCCUGGAGGUGCCUUUGUCAGAGAAGCUCCUGCCAGUGCUGCAGGCCGUGCUGGGGCGGCAGGAGGUGCUGCCCCCUGAGCUCCUGGAUCUGCUGGUCCUGACUCUGUGCCAGCAGGCUCCAGCCUUUGCCACGUCCCUGAACUUUGCCAGGCUGGUGACAGCCGUGCUCACGGUGUACCAGAGCCAGGUCAGCCCAGCUCACAGGAGCAGCCUGGCUGCUGUCCUGGACCGGAGCACUGCGGUGCUGAAGAAAUCCCUGCAGGCUGUGCUGGAAGGGGCCAGGUGAUCACCCAAAGGAAUCGUGAGGGGGCAGCUUCCUGGUGUGCACGAGCUCUGUGCACGUUCCUCCCCAACAGCCAGGCAGUGGUGCAGGCUGGGCUGCUGCUUUGUGUAUCUGAUCUGCUGGGAUUUACAGAUCUCUGAGUGCAGGAGAGCAGCAUUUAACUGAAUUCCAGCUGAAUUUAGCUGGGAAAUUUGAGUGUUCUGCUUUAAAGCCACCUUUCUUUCCUGUUUGCCUGGCCCGUGAGGGGCCCUGCUGUGUGUGACACAUUUCUGGUGUUGAUGACACUGCUUGUGGCCCUAAUAGUGCUUGUGUGGCGUGACUCUGCUCAAAGUUCUGUCCUGUAUUUUUGAAAGUACCCACUGGAAACCUCAUCCAGGCACCUUCUGGUCUGAGAACUGGGAAGAAAAGGUUGGGACAGAGAACUCAGGCAGGUAGAGCUGGGGUUUCAAUGGAGGUUUUGAAGCAUUGCAUAUUUCAGGAACUAUUUAAAAAUCCAUAAACGUCUACAAAGGGAGAAGGAGAAUUAGAAUAUGCAUGUGUGACUGCUCCAGGUUUGCUCAGUAAUGUUCAGAUCCCAGCCAGAGGAAGGAAAGUCUGAAGCAUUAGGUGACACUCUUAAGGCUGAGAGCCAGGUUUCUUCACAUAAGAAUCUCUUAAGCUAUUUUAGGUGGCAGUGGACUGAUGAGGCUUCAAAAUCCACAUUAGCUGGAGGAUGGAAACCUCCAGGGAGCCAGAUUGUUGAUGUGUUUGCAUUCCACUGAGUUAGUGGCUGAGUAAAGUGGAGCUAUUGUAGGGCUGCCCAAAACAUGACAUAAAUAGAAAUUGUGCCAUGAUCAUCAAAGGUCUAAGCCUGCUCUUCUGGCUUUAUUCGGCAGCAGGCUCUGAUCUUUGCAGUUUCCCUGCAGAGCUUCUACCAAGUGACCUCAGUGUCAUUGUCCCCAGUGCUCUGCCUGGCUGUGGCUGUUGGUCACAUGGAGGUGACCACUGCCUUGUGGCAAGAGCCUUCUUGGCCCUGGUUUUGCCUUUGCCUAGUGACAAACAACCCAAAAGCUCUGUACUGCAGGGUGAACUCUCCUCCUUGCUGUGACACCUGGGCUGGCAGGGAUGACACAGUGACCUCGGCCAGCCCAUGCUGCCUGUGCCAUCAUCACCUGGCACUGACGUGUUUGAUGAAAACCCUUUUGCUGGGAUUUUUCUCCUGAGAAGCCUCAGAACAGAAAUGGAACCAAUAAGGAUCUGCUGGCUGUGGAGUGUGGGCUGGAGGUGGUUUAGCAACAGGGGCAUCUUGGACUGGUCUCCUGUGCAUUGUUUCUACUCGAUGACCAAUCAUGGUCCAGCUGUGUCGGGGCUGUGAGCAGUCCCAGGUUUUUAUUAUUCAUUCCUUUCCAGCUUUCUGAUGUCUCCUUGAUCUUUUAGUAUAGUUCUAAUAUCCCAUUUUCUUUUAAUAUAAUAGCGAUAAUAAAAUAAUAAAUCAGGCUUCUA